UUAAAAAAUAAACCUCACCCUCAACUAAAUCACUAUCCUUUCAAUUAAUUUGAUACUUAAUUACGAAACCCACAAUUCUCUCAAUCGCUAUUUGUUGACGCGCCCUUAAUUUCACGUGCUGCGAACGUCCUUCUCAAUGAAACAACCUCCGGCAAUUAAAAACUUUGAAGUUUCGACUUUCGAACCCUUUUUAAAUCUCCCUCCGCCUCCGGCUAAGACCAAACCCGCCAAUAGGCAAUAGUUUCCCAAAAAAAAUGUCUUUGACUUUCGUCCUCUGCUUCUCCCUCUUCGCCUCUCUCCUCCCUCUUUCCACCCCCCUCAGUUCUUCCCCUUACCUCUCCCCCACCAUCCUUUCGCCAAACUACCAAAAGAUGCUCAAAGCUUUCAAAAUUUACAUCUACCCCAAGUCGGAGACGCUAUCCUUUGACUCCAAAGUCGAGUCUCUGUUUUACUCGACUCUAACGCACAGCAACUUCAUCACGCAGAACCCUGAAGAAGCCCACCUGUUUUUCAUACCCCACUCGUUUAACGCCGCUGUCUCCCCGCGCGCCGCCGCGAGUGUGGUGUCGGAUUACCGGACGGAGUACAUUUACUGGAAUCGGACGCUGGGGGCUGACCAUUUUUAUCUCUCCUGCGUGGGUGUGGGUCAUGGGGGGGAUCGGAACGUUGUGGAGUUGAAAAAGAACUCCGUCCAGAUCUCCUGCUUCCCCACGGCCAGUGGGUUGUUCAUCCCUCACAAGGAUAUAACAUUACCGCCGCUUGCCAACGUUCACGCUCCAUACGCGCCGGCUAAUAAGAGCGUGAACUACUUCGCUUAUGUUAGAUACAACUGGGUCAAAGAGUCAAACCUCGUGGAGGAGCUCCUAGCUGAUCCGGAGAUUUUCGUUGAAUCCGAGCCGUCCGAUCAGUUAACUUACGAGUCGAGACUCGCCGGCAGCAAGUUCUGUUUGUUCGAGUACGGACCGGACAUCACAGCGAUCGGAGAAGCUAUGAGUUACGGGUGUGUCCCGGUGGUGAUCACCGGCCGUCCGAUACAGGACCUGCCGUUGAUGGACGUGCUGUCGUGGCAAGGGAUCGCAGUGUUUGUAGGGACCGGCGGUGGGGCCAGGGAGCUAAAGCGGGAGUUGGGGCGCGUGGUGGUCGAUGUGUACGACGAGAUGAGGGAAUCUGCUGUGGCCGCGAGUAAGCAUUUCGUGUGGAACGAUACGCCACAGCCGUUCGAUGCGUUCCACAUGGUGAUGUAUCAGCUGUGGUUGAGAAGGCACACGAUCAGAUAUGCGGAAAGAGAAUGGGCCUAAGAACCUGAGCCCUUGAUUUCCUUUUUCGGCCAUUCUGGACAAAAAUUUCAACGGUGUUGAUCACAUGACCUUUCUUAAAAAAUUAAUCUUAUGACCUAUACAAAAACUGUUGUUGAUUUUUACAAUAAGAUCCUUCCACAAGUUUGCUUUCUUUAAAUGGUCUUUUACAUAAUAUUUAUUGAAAAUUAAAUGAUAUAUACUUCACCUGUUGACGUUGAUCUUGUGUACAAGCCUCAGUGAUAUUAAAUAAUACUCUUCAUU